GUGAAAGCAGGCGCGUCUGAAGUUGAGAACUGUUGUCGGAACACGUAGAAAAAAAAAGUUCCCAAAUAUUUACUCGUCAUCAAGGAGGGAAAUAUCGAUACAUAGCAGAAAGAUAAUACUCAUGUCUCUUCUUGCUGCGCGACGCCUAGCUUGGAAACGCACACGCAAUUGGAGGCUUCGCUUUUGCGCUCCAGUUUUGAGGAAAGCGAAGACGGUGUGCGCAGCGAGUGAAAGAGAGCUUGAGAUUCGGCGCAGAUUGCUUUCCUUCUUUCGAAGAAGUUCGAGGAGACAACGCCAGUCAGUCAGAAAAGCAAGAAUGGACGAAGCGCGACCUGCUGGCGCGGAGAGCAAUAAAGGGAACAAUAAAGCGAUGCAGCCGCCGUCGGCAGGUUGUUCCGUCGCAGAUCAAGAAGCUCAUGGUACUACUACACCGCAGGGGCAAGACAGCUCUUUCUCACCAAAACCGAGGACAUUCGAGGGUUCCAGUUCAUCACGCUCUACUUCAUCGACGACAAGACAGCGGGUCCUCGAGAAUCCACGGCGAGACGAGCCUGAUCAUGCUCUUGGAACAACAAACGACAGCGCCAACAACAGCAAGUUCGUGAAGAUUCUUCUCCCGAAAGGCUGGCGCGGGGGCGUUUCGUUCGGGCUCCCUUCUGCUGACGUGGAUGACGAUGAGAUGGCUGAUGAAAAAAUAACCAACGAGGACAGGAAGCUACGAAGCAAUUUUACCACCGUCCACGGCCAGAAGAUCGCAAACUACCUCGUCGUCACAGAAGUUGCGAAGGUGGCCUUCUCGUCGAAGAAAUUCAAUGCGAAAAACCAACUGGACGAUGUUGCCCAAGGCGAUCGCGUCGUCGCGGUGAACGGUUUUUCCUUUGCGGAUUUGGCCAAGGAAAUACUGGAGGACGGGUUUAUUUCGGAAGCGCCUAAACUAACGGGUUCGUCUGCUCCUCCGGCGAGUUCGAGCACAACCGCCGAGAAAACUCCCGGUCAGGCAGACAGCGACCUCCUGGCAGGAAAACUUGGCAGUUUGAGCCUAGCGGAAAGCAAGAACGGCACGCGGGAGGAUGAAGAUCCGAGAACGGAGGCAGAGAAGCAAAGAGCAAAGAAAAUGAUGCUUCUGGACAUGAGUCUAGACGAUAUCAGUGCGAAGAACAAGGGAACAAAUAAGCAAGGAAACAAGGGCAAGAAAGGAAAGGGGAAGGCCAACGCCAAGGCAACAAAGCACGGAAAAAAUAAAGCGACCAGCGAUAGCGAAGCAUCAGCUUCAGCGAGUACAGCGAUUAUUGCGAAUUCGGCUGGCAGUGCGGCAACCGGACUUGUGGACGGCAAGGAAGAUGCACUAGUCUCUUCCCCUACAACUAAACCAGGGCUGUACAAUACGUGCCACAAGCAUCCCGUGCAGAAACACCGCAUCGGCUCGGUCGGAAAAUUUUCCGAUCUCGUUUGCUCGUCCUGCGACUUUCUAAGGACGGUCAAGCAGAGUGGAGCGAUCGUUGCCAUUCCGCUCUGGAUUCGAGCGGUCAAAGACGAUGACGACACGCGGAUCACACUUACGAUUGAACGACGUGGUUCGUCCGAGUAAGUAGAAAUACGCGGUCAAUGCGCAGCAGAGAACGCUUUACUUAAUAUGUUCCGUUUUGAUGUGGUGCAUUUGUGUAGUUUCAACGGCCUUUAUAUCGCAAGCGACGCAAAAGAAUGCAAAGACACAUUUAUUUUGGAAACCAGCC